CGGUGCCCGAGCGCGGCGGCGGGCAUGUGGCGAGCGGUGUGUGUGGGCCGCCGGCUGUUGCGGCCUCUGUGCGCCGCGCCAGCGGGCCCCCUUCGGCUUCAACCGCACCCCCGGGUGGUCGAAGCUGCCCACAGGAGCUGCGCGGGGGUGGGAGGCGGCGGUGCCGGGGCACUGGGGGCGGUGGCGGUGGAGCGGCGGCAGACGGCAGAUACUGUUCUUCCAGCAUUCAACAUUGACUUUGUUGUAGCUCUUCUGAGGCAAGAAAAUGCAAAAGACAUCUGUGUCAUCCAGCUACCUCCAGAAAUACAGUACUGCAAUUAUUUUGUAAUUGUGAGUGGAUCUUCAACACGGCAUCUCCAUGCAAUGGCACAUUACAUGCUGAAAAUGUACAAGCUUCACAAAAAAGAAGGCGAUCCUCAUACUCAGAUUGAAGGGAAAGAGACAGAUGACUGGCUGUGCAUUGAUUUUGGUACCAUAGUUACGCACUUCAUGCUGCCAGAGACAAGAGAAGUUUAUGAGUUGGAGAAGCUAUGGACUCUUGGUUCCUAUGAUGACCAGUUAGCACAGAUGAUGUCACAGUCACUACCAGAAGACUUUGUACUUGGCCUGACAUCUAAUAGCAGUGACCACCUUGAGACAAGAACUUAAUGAAGCUGCUGAGUGGAAAGAUAACUGAGCAUGCAUCACACAUCUGAGAGUGAUACUGUCCUGAUUGCUGACUUAACAGUCACUACAGCUGAUCAGUGCAAAGCAGUGGAUUUGGCAGAUGUGCAUAGGUAAAGCUCUCACAAAGCUACAAAAAUUAGCAGAAUCACAGAAUCAUGAGGGUUGGAAAAGACCUUUAAGAUUAAGUCUGACCAUAAAAUAUCAAAGAAGGAAUCCCGUUAUAAGGAUUUCUUUUCUUCGUGGAGGAGUCACUGUCUCAGUGGAGUUUGCAGUGAGAAGAGUGGGGCAGACAGCUGCUUAAACUACUUACCCUGAAAUUCAUGCUCAGCCUCUACAUUGGUUUUCUAGUAUCUUUAUAAGCCCUGCCUGUGGCAGCAGUGCAAAAAAGAUCUAAGUGCUACAAGGAAAGCAAUACAAUGAAAUAGUACAGUUCAGAUACGGCUUCUUGUAGUAAGCCAUUUGCUUCUGGUCACAAUGAAGUCAGUCAUGCUCCAAAUUGAAGGAGAUGAGAAAACAGACUGGUGUUACUGAGCACACGAAAGCCAAGAGCAGCAGUGACAAAUAAAUGUCUUAGUUAACACAACAUUAAGUCUGUUUUUCAGCCAAGGCAAAUCUGGUUUUAAUAAUGAAAAAUAAAAUCCUGCAGAGUUCCAAUUCAUUGUCUUCGCUUUAAAACAUUCAGCUUCUUCUAAGUGUGCAGUUGGUUCCUCUCCUAGUUUUCCUCUCACCUAGUUGCUGGAAAAGGACACAGAGGCAGUGUGCUACGGCAGUGAAUACUUUCAGCUCCUUUCAAGACAAAACCAGUUGGAAAGGAAACCAUUGGUCAGUGAGCAUUACGUGCUGCUAGUGAACUGCUCAGCACCUUCAGAAGUCACUGCUCAGUGUGUUUAGUCUUGA